CAGAGACGAGGCGGGACCCACACUCUCUCCUCUCACUGGACGUCAUUCAGGUCCAAAUUCCUUCCAUAAAAACCCUCUUUCCCCUCGCAGCUUCUUGCAGCUUCCAACCAUUUCCGAACAAUGAAACCCGGCGGCGAUAACUUUUGGCCGGAAAUCAGUAGCCGCAGCACCACCAACGCCGGCGAUGGUUCCAGCAUCGAGCACUCUGCUAAACGGCGGCGCGGCCGGCCAAUUGGCUCCAAGAACAAACUAAAACCCCCCGUAAUCAUCACCUGCGAAUCCGAACCCGGAUCCGGAUCCGCCCUCCGCACUCACGUUCUCGAAAUCUCCGCCGGCCUCGAUGUCGCCAAAUCACUCUCCGACUUCUCCCUUCGCCGCCGAUUAAACCUCUGCGUACUCGCCGGCUCCGGUCCCAUCUCCACCGCCACAAUCCUGCAGACCUCCCCUUCCUCCGCCGCCCUAACUUUCCGCGGUCGAUUUGACCUAAUUUCUCUCUCGGCAACGUUUCUCCUCCUCGGCGGCAGAGAAAGGAACAUGUCGGUGUCGUUCGCCGGGCCGCAGGGGCAGGUGGUGGGAGGCGCGGUGGUGGGGCCGCUUGUUGCGGCGGAUAAAGUGAUGGUUUUGGCGGCGGUCUUUUCCGAUCCAGUGUUUCACCGGUUGCCGGAAGAGGAAGGGGAGGUUUCGGGAUCUGCGUCGGGAGAGGAGGUAUCGGAGGGGAGGUGAAGAAGAGGAGGGAGGCGGAGGGUCGAAGGGGUUACGCCGUUUAUGGGAUUCAAACGCCGGCGGAAGAUGAUGGCGGCGCGUUGAGGUUAAGAGAUGACUGCGUUUGGGUUCCGGCGGCAUGUCGGCCGGCGUGCUAGUUUUAAUCUGGGACUUAUGAGUCUAUUUUUAGUUGAAAUUUGAUAAUUUUGGAUUCGUGUAUUUUAAGGAUUGUAUGUAUUGGAGCUUGGAAGUAUGUAUUAAAUGGCAGGAUGGCUGAAAAUAAUAUAUAAAAAUACAUAUGAUGUUCGAUCUCCAUCG